AUGGUGUACAAAAUUCCGCCCCGGUUCAGGACGCCCCUCACGCAGAUGGACGACACCGCGGCAGCCUGGAUCCACAAGCACUUUGCUGCUCGCUGGGAGGCCGUGAGGCAGGCCUUCUUUUCUGGAGGCGUGUCGGCGUGCGUGCCGCCUGCAGGUGCGGUGGCGGAGCAGCCGGAGCGGCAGGCCAGCGACGACGGCGGCGCCUACCUGCAGGCGGCAGUUGCGGUCGUGGGAGGCGGAGACGACACCGCCAACUCCGGUGUCUCCACGCUGGAGCUGUGCGUGGCCCCCGUGCCUGGCGUGGCGCUGAGGUGCCGUUUGUGUGUCUGA